UGAAAAGAAAAAGAAGAAAAAUAGAUAGAAAACAAAAAAAAAGGAAGAACAUCAAUCUAAUUUGAUUCGCACUAUAUAAAGGAAACUAUCUAACUUCAUCUCUCUCUCUCUCACAAGUCGCAGCAACGCUCCAACGACUUCAAUUCAAUUACUUUCAAUUUGUCGUCUUCCUUGCUUCCGUUAGCAAAAACCCUUCCGCUUAAACCCUAAUUCACUUCGCCUCUCUUUUUGUCUCCGGCCAUGUCGAGAUUCGAGGACGGGUUUGCGGCGGAUAAGCUCUUCGCUCAGGGAUACUCCUACACUUACGACGACGUCAUCUUUCUUCCUCACUACAUUGAUUUCUCCACAGACGCUGUUUCUCUAUCCACGCGCCUUAGCCGGCGCGUGCCUCUCUCGAUACCCUGCGUUUCGUCUCCGAUGGACACUGUCUCGGAGUCUCACAUGGCUGCUGCUAUGGCUGCCCUUGGUGGGAUUGGAAUCGUGCACUAUAACUGUGACAUCGCCGCUCAGGCAUCGAUUAUUCGCCAAGCCAAGUCGCUUAAACAUCCGAUUGCUUCCGACGCCGGUGUGAAGUUCCCGGAGUAUGAGAUUACUUCUUUAGAUGCUUUUGGUCCUUCUUCAUUCGUUUUUGUCACGCAAACAGGAACAAUGACGACUCCGAAAUUGUUAGGCUAUGUAUCGAAAUCGCAGUGGACGAGAAUGAAUUACGAACAAAGGGAGAUGAAGAUUUACGAUUACAUGAAGAGCUGUGAUAGCAGCGACUACUGUGUACCAUGGGACAUUGAUCUUGAAAAAUUGGAGUUUGUUUUAGAAGAUAAGCAAAAGGGCUUUGUGGUUCUUGAGAGGGAUGGUGAGACUGUGAACGUGGUGACAAAGGACGAUAUAGAGAGGGUUAAAGGAUAUCCCAAGUCAGGACCAGGGACCGUGGGUCCUGACGGUGAGUGGAUGGUUGGUGCAGCGAUUGGGACGAGGGAAUCUGAUAAGGAGAGGCUGGAGCAUUUGGUUGAUGCUGGGGUCAAUGCCGUUGUGUUCGAUAGUUCGCAAGGGAACUCUAUUUACCAGCUUGAGAUGAUCAAGUAUGUGAAAAAUACUUACCCUGAAUUGGAUGUCAUUGGUGGCAAUGUUGUGACAAUGUACCAGGCACAGAAUUUGAUCCAAGCAGGAGUUGAUGGGUUGAGAGUCGGUAUGGGAUCUGGUUCGAUAUGUACCACUCAAGAGGUUUGUGCAGUUGGUCGUGGACAGGCUACUGCUGUGUACAAGGUUUGUUCGAUCGCGGCUCAGAGCGGGAUUCCAGUUAUAGCGGAUGGUGGUAUCUCAAAUUCAGGUCACAUUGUAAAGGCUCUCGUCCUUGGAGCAUCAACUGUUAUGAUGGGUAGCUUUUUAGCUGGAAGUACUGAGGCUCCCGGGGGUUACGAGUAUAAGAACGGCAAGAGGAUCAAGAAGUACCGUGGAAUGGGAUCGCUAGAAGCAAUGACUAAAGGAAGUGACCAAAGAUACUUAGGAGAUAAAACAAAACUCAAGAUUGCUCAAGGAGUGGUUGGAGCAGUCGCGGAUAAAGGUUCAGUAUUGAAGCUGAUACCUUACACAAUGCACGCCGUGAAACAAGGUUUCCAAGACCUCGGUGCUUCUUCCUUGCAAUCUGCUCAUGACCUGUUGAGAUCAGACAUCCUUAGGCUUGAGGCUCGAACUGGUGCAGCACAGGUCGAAGGAGGAGUUCACGGGCUGGUUUCUUAUGAAAAGAAAUCGUUUUAAGCUUUCGCCAAAAAUUGAGGAUUUUUGACGAGUGUUUCUUAUAUUAUGUUCCAUGUUAUUUUUAUAUAUUACUUUAAAAUCUUAGUUUUUCAUUUAUUGACAUGAUUCACAUUGUCUCAUGACAUGAAAUUUUCUCUAAUACUGUUCUAUAUUUAGUACUUACUAAGUUAUAAGAAGAUUUGUUGAAAUCUGA